UUGAGACAGGCUCCAAAGGACCAGAAGGUAGGAGGAAGAAACCCUUGCCCUGUCCUCCUGGAAGAGUCGGGAAGAAAGCCAGGAAAUCACCCUUGGAAGAUGGUGGCCGUAAAGGUCUUCAGUCUGCUGCUGGGGUUCCUGCUCCUGGCAGUGGUGCUCGGAGAGAAGGCAGGUGGUCACUCCAGAGUCCACAUGAAGGUCAGUGGCUCCCGACCUCGAGGCCCCAGGUACGCCGAGGGGACUUUCAUCAGUGACUACAGUAUCGCCAUGGACAAGAUCCGCCAGCAAGACUUUGUGAACUGGCUGCUGGCGCAGAAGGGGAAGAAGAACGACUGGAAACACAACAUCACCCAGAGGGAGGCCGGGGCCCUGGAGCUGGCCCAUCAAUCUAACAGGAAGGAGGAGGAGAGGGAGCAGCAGGGCUCCCUCCCCAGGAACCCCAGUGAUGAAGACUUGCUCAGGGAUUUACUGAUGCGAGAGCUGCUGGCCUGGAUGGUGGAUCAGAUGGAAGUCUGCAGGCGCAGAUUUCAGUGACUCAGACCAAACCCAGCUCGGGCCUGGACUCUGCCCUUAGCUCACUCAGGACUCAGCUCCACUCCAGGGUACCCAAGAGAAGCCAAACCAAUAAAGUUUAAGCUGAAAUAAA